GGAAUCAUAAGUCGGGGGAGUCUGGUCGUAAAUCCAAGAUGGCGGAUUCGUGAAGACAAUGAGAAACACAGAAAUGAAACUUCAAGAUAGCGUGCUACGAGCCUUUCAGGUGGCCAAGGUUUUCAGAGAAAACAGUGAUUAUGUCAACUAUAUGUCCUUCUCUGCUAACGGCGAAAGUCUGAUCACGAGUAGUAACGAUGAUUCUAUCGUCAUUUACGAUACUGUCGAUGGCAAACCCAAGAAAACAAUCUACAGUAAGAAAUAUGGUGUUUCAAACAUCCAGUUCACACAUGCACCGAACACAGUGAUACACACUUCAACUAAAGUUGAUGACACUAUUCGAUACCUAUCUCUUCAUGAUAACAAAUAUUUAAGAUAUUUUCCAGGACAUACAAAAAGGGUUACAACACUUCAUAUGUCACCUAUAGAAGAUGCUUUUCUAUCAGGAUCUUUGGAUAAGACUCUUAGAAUAUGGGACCUGAGAUCACCAAACUGCCAGGGAUUGAUGCAUGUGAAUGGAAGACCUGUAGCUGCGUUUGAUCCUGAAGGACUGAUCUUUGCUGCAGGAAUUGAUUGUGAAAUGAUAAAACUAUACGAUCUGAGAUCAUUUGACAAGGGGCCAUUCUCCACCUUCCAUAUUCAAACAGAUCCAGCUGCAGAGUGGACCAGUAUCAAGUUCAGUUCAGACGGCAAGAUGGUUCUUGUGGCUACCAAUUGUGGUAUCAUUUACUUGAUUGAUGCCUUCCAAGGAAAUCAACUGCAUGCUUUUUCUGGACAUGCAUUUUCAAAAUCCAAUCCUGUGGAUGUAUGCUUUAGUCCAGAUUCACAGUAUGUAUUUUCAGGAUCUCAGGAUGGCCGCAUCCAUAUAUGGGCAUCAGACAGUGGUCAUAAGGUGGUAACGCUGGAUGGAAAUCAUCCAGGUCCUACCAAGUGUAUGGCAUUUAAUCCAAAAUAUAUGAUGCUGGCUAGUGCUUGUACCAACAUGGCAUUUUGGCUACCAAAUCUCGAAGAACUUCAAGAGUCAGUUUAGUAGAAUAGUAAAACAUUAAAAUAUAUAGACGGAGGGUCGACCAAGGCUUUGAAACAUCACAUGAUGGCAGCCAUGACAGGAGGCAAAGCAAUAAUUUUUUUCUCCCUGGAAAACUGAAUUCUUUCUCAUGUAAACCAGAUUACAGUUGAGCCUACAAUAAGAUAUUAUUUUGUUUAAGAAUCAUACAAGUGAGGCUAUCAGGUCAAUACGAUGCUUUUUGUCUCAUUUGCAUGCAUCAAUAAUCUGCUAUUUGUUCGUUGCCUCCUGUCAUGGCUGCCAUCAUGUAAUGGUACAAAGCUUCUAUUACACUGUACAGUACAUUUGUUGUGUAGGAAAGUUUUUAAACUAUGUGAGUAGAUAUGAAAACAUUUGCUUUCAUGAUUUCCCUCUUUCUGUUUCUCUCUGUGUUCUCUAUCGUUCUUUUUCUCCUCUCUUUGCCUCUUCUUCUUUUCCUUUCUCUUCCAUGCAUUAUAACAUGGACUUUUUGUAGAAUAUUUAAACCUGGAAAGUCACAUUGCAUGAUUUUUUUAAAUAAAUAAAACGGCAUAAAAAAUUCAUGUUCAAUAAAGUCAAAAACAACAACUUGAAAAUGUGGGUUUUUUUAAAUUAUACCAUAAUAUUAUACAAAAGUUGUUCAGAUAACAUCAUCGAGAUACCAACUCUUCUCAUUUAGAGCAGUUGAUUUAUAAUUAAUAUUUUGACUAACACACACAAAAUGAAAAUCUUAACGCUGUGGGUCAUUCAAGUUAAGCUACCACUGCCAUAGGUUUAGCAUAGUUAUUAAAGCAUAUUAGGACUGGAAAAUUGAUAGCAAGCAUUAAAAUGUUUUUUUUUUUUUGCAUGUAUUGCUGAUAUGCAAUACAUGCUACAAUGUUUCUUGCACCAACAAUGGAAUUUUGAAUUUUGUGGCAGGAAAAAAGUUGCAGCCUUAAACAUGCUUAUCAAAAAAUGCAUGCAAUUCCAGAGAAAAUUUCAAACGCUUGAACAUUCUGCAACAUUUUUUGUAGGCUGCUGUUGUUGCAAGCCAAGAUACACAAUGUAAGUUCCUCUCAUGCUGACAAUGCAACAAAAAAUAGAAAAUUGCAGUUGGGCACAAGAAAAAAGAUAAAUUUUUCCCAACAAUGUAAAUCAAAAAUAGUAUGUCUAGUAUAACUGCAAAAAGUUAUAUACUGUGUAGUAGUAGCAGAUCAGACACCAAAACAUUUUGUGUGUGUUAGCCAUCAGUCUUUAAAUCUAUGAAUUUGCUAUGUACAUUCUGUGAAGGUUGUGACCAUAUUGCCGACCCGUCUUGUUACAGUUGUACAACUUCUUCCUCCACCUUAAAUAGAGAAAAUAAUUCAUUAAUGUUAUCAAUAACAAUAAAACAGUCAAAGUGA